AUGACCGCGUCUGAGCGAAAGAAGGCCCAAUCAGCGAUGAUGUUACUUGCGGAAAAGCAAUUCGAAAAGACAAUUAAAGGUCGCCUAGUAUACCAAGGCGAUGGAACUCAUGAAUGGUUAUCGCGAGAGGACACUGCAAGUCCAACUGCUUUGCAAGAAGCAAUCACCACUACUUGUGUUAUUGAUGCAGAUAUAAUGACGAUGGAAGUGCCUAACGCUUUCAUUCAAACUUAUAUGCCUGAAGCCAAGGAAAGAGAAGAUCGUAUCUACAUGAAAAUCACUGGCAUGAUGGUCCAGAUAUUGAUUGACAUGGCCCCAGAGUAUUGUUAUUUGGAGGCAAAGGGAUUUGUUUUCAAUCCGUAUGACCCGUGUGUUGCUAAGAAAGUUGUUGAUGAAAAGCAGCAAACUAUCAGAUUUCAUGUUGACGAUCUUAUGUCAAGUCACAUGGAUCCGAAAGUAAAUGACAAAUUUGCUGAGAUAUGGUUUGAUCAAGGCAUGUACAAUCGUCAGAGGAAAGAUACACAGAUAUCUUGGAACAACUUUGGAUUUCUUGAUGAAAGGAAAACUCAAGAUCCGCAUGGAUGA